AUGAACCUUUGGAGGAGGGGGAAAUUUGCGAAAGCCAAACAAAAUCCUUCGAGACGAGAUGUUAUUCAAUGCCCAUAUCUAAGGCUAUGUUGCAGCUAUCUACAACUUCCGAUAGAACCUCCUCCUUCCUCACAUCUCACGGUUCUUGCAACAAGACGAAAUUAUUGAAAAGAUCUAUGUUGGUGAACCUCGCUUAUAAGUCCUCUAGUGGGAAUUCUUCGAAAAAAAGACAGUCAGGGGCGUUCCUGAAGUUGCCUAUGAAAUCAAGGCAUAAAGGUGAUAAGAGACCAGCGGAUCACUGCGACAGGCAGAGCAGUCGAUUGAGAAAGAGAAAUCUUGAUAACGACGACCUUAGAGAAGAAUCGGAUAUCAAGGGAAAACCAAAGAUGGCGGUCAAUGAAACUUCGUCGCAUACUUCUGUAGUGAAACAAGAGCCGCUAGAAGAAGGAGAGAUUAAGGAAACUUCACAGGAGCUAUACGAGGAAAAACAUCAUCGCAAGAGAUCGAAGUAUGAACCUCGGGAGGAAGCCGUAGUUCUGAGGAAGGAACCUCGAAAGAUAUCCUCCGGCUAUUCAACUAAAAACAUAAUUCGAUCUCAAACCAGAUCAAACUAUAUUUAA